AUGCCUUCUAACAAGCAGUCAUUCCUUGUAUCAUUAGUUUUGGUUGUCGUCCUUGUUUUGGCACAACUUUUAAUCCACGUGAACAGUCAAUCUGCUCCAACACCCACUUAUACCAUUUCUCUCUUGGCAGGCACUGGACAGUUGGGACAUGUCGAUGGUCCUGGAUCCAUUGCACAAAUCAGAAAAGUCAAUGGAAAGACAGGAAUCAUUUCAACAGUUGCAGGUAAUGGUGUGAAGGGUUAUAAUGGGGUCUUUACACAAGCCACUCAAACUGGUAUUGCACCUUUUGGUCUUUUGUUAUCACCUUCAGGUAAUAUUUACUUCUCGGACUCGCUAAAUAAUCGGCAGACGUGCAAAAUCGAAUUGCAAGAAUCAAUGGAACCACUGGAAUAA